AAUAUCCAAGCCGCGUGUUCGUCUGGCCAAUUUGCGGCACAUACAGCGGUCUACAGAUCCGUGAUUUCUUCCUUGGCGCUCAACCAUCCGCAGCUUGCCCUGCAUCGAAAGACCGGGCCCAAAAAGCCGUAAACGGCCCGUUCAGCGGGUCAGUGCUAGUCACUUUAAACUCAACGUACGAGGCUGUGCACGCUAAGAUGGUACGAGGCUGCCACAUCUGCGAGGCCGACGCUACGUCCGACAGCGGCACCAUCGACGACCCGAUCGCCGUGACCCCCGACCAGGACCAACGCAUCGACCUCGGCGCCUCGAUCGCGUCCCUAAGAGACGUGCCCAUCGUCGACACGGACCCGAGCGAGGACGGCUGGGGUAUUGAUGAUGACCUCGGCGCCUCCGAAGACGAGGAGAGCGCCAAAAGCGUGGUCGAGGCCGUGGCACGCGCCAUCACGAACUACGGGCGGCGCUGCCGCGCCGAGCACCUGCCGGACCAUGAUGGAUGGGCCUCGGACCUCCGGGCGCGCUGCGCCGAAACGCUCAACGUCAGCGACCGGAGUCGAGGCGACGGCGCGGACGGCGACUACGUCCUGCUGGAUGAGACGCCGUGUGUGAGGCGGCACGACGUCGAUCCCGACGCCGCCCAACAUUUGCUAGGUUCUUUAGUGAGAGCGGAGUCGUCGAGGCCGAGCUACGACGCGCGAGUCCGAGCCGUCCUGAAAGAGGCUUCGCAAGUCUGCCGCGCGUCCUGGACCAUGGUCUCGCAAUCAGAGCGACUGGAGCAGAGACACGUGUCCUUCGACGAGCCGCCCAGACGACGAUCUUCUGUAUCGGUGCAAGAUGCCACCAAGGUCGCGGCCACGGCGGUGGGCGGUGGCGCGUUACUCGCCGGCGCUGGAGCGUUAACCGCCGCGGCUGCACCGGUCGCCGUCGUGGGCCUCGUGGCCGGUUCCUUAGGCUGCGCGGGCGCCGGCGUCGCCGGGCUGAAGGCGAGGAGGCGCUUCGUCUCCGACGACGACUUCCGGACCGUCGAACGCUCGAGGGGAGCCGGCGCGCCUCGAUUGUUCUUGGUGCCGGGCUGGCUCGCGGAAGGUAGAGAUGAUGACGACGCCUUCUCCUCCUCAGCAGGGGCGCCCGUCGUCGAGGAAUCAAAUGAGGAGGACCCGUCGUGGGCCGACCUCGUGCGGGAGGACGCGCUAGAACUAGAAUCCUGCGACUGGGUGCGCCACAUGUUUCCCCGCUCUGAUGGAGCGGUCGUCGUCUGGGAGAAGAAGUGCCUGAGAAGACUGAAAAAGGCCAUGGCCGACUGUACCGUCUACGCUACAGCUCGAGAUAAAGUCAGCAAAGUAGUCAUAGACGAGACGAUCAAGCGGAGCGCCUUGGGUGGUCUAGCUGCGACGGCCCAACUGCCGCUCUCGGCCUUGUCUUAUGUCCGCCGCGUGGAUGACCCCUGGGCCGUCGCCGUCCAGCGCGCAAAGGGCGCGGGGAGGCGCCUCGCCGAGGCCUUACUUGAUGGAACGAGGGGCACGGCGCCGGCGAUGCUCGUGGGCUACGGUGUUGGGGCCCGUGUUGUGAUGGAGGCGCUUGAAUAUUUAGCGGCCAUCGCUGGAGAUGCACGAAGGCAGUCUCCCCAAAGACGGCAAAAGGCGGCGUCGCGCGUCGAGUGCGCCGUGUUGCUGGGGGCGCCGGUGUCCGCGACCUCAGAACGCUGGCGGGCGGCUCGGGGAGUCGUUUCCGGACGACUCAUCAACGGCUACUCGACGCGGGACUGGAUGCUGCGCCUCGUCUACCGCGCGAAGGCCUGGUCCAUCGCCGGCGUGGCCGGAACUACGCCGGUCGUCCCGGAGCACGCGGGCCAGGACGCUCCUAUGAUCGAGAACGUGGACCUGUCGGACCUGGUGAACGGCCACCUGUCCUACGCGCACGUCAUGGAGCCCAUCUUCGCGCGGCUGAAGCUCGAGGGGUGAGCCUGAGUAAAUUUGUCUGUUCA